AUGACCACUCACCCCAGAUGCCUAGAAAUAGGCAGACCUAUCCUCCUCUUCCAGAGCCUAAGAAUAGGCAAUAAGAACCUCGACAAUAUAGACAGCCACCAACUCAUCAGGAAGAGCCUCAGCGAAGCACAUCGACAGCUUCAAAACUCACAUGAACCUGAAGAGGACACAGAUGAGCCUCAGACAUCCUGCGACCUUGAUGAUGAUGAUGAUGAUCAUUCGCCUUUCUCAGAGGCCAUAAGGAAUGCUUCCAUGCUGAUCUCCCUAAAAUCCCCAAUGCAGAGCUUUUCACUUAACCUUAAGUGGAGGAGCAGAAAUCUGGUAUACAAGAUUGCCGGAAGGAAGCAUUCGAAGUUGGCCCGACCUCAAGAAAACUUUCUUGAAACGCUUCGCUACAAGCAAAGAAGGAGAAAGGCCCAUCCAACGCCUCUUCUCUCCAAACCAAAAGAUCAUGAAAUACUACACUUAUACUUAGCAGUAACUUCCAAGGCUCUCAGUUCGGUUCUGAUCAGAGAAGAAAACAACCAUCAAUUGCCAGUUUAUUAUGUCAGUAAAGCGCUCUUGGCAGCAGAAACUCGGUAUCCAGAUAUGGAGAAGCUGGCCCUUUCCUUGGUAACAUCAUCCAGGAAAUUGAGGCCAUAUUUCCAAGCCCACGGCAUCCAUGUGUUGACAAAUUACCCCUUCAAACAAGUGCUUCAGAAGCCAGAUGCCUCAAGGAGGUUGCUUAAAUGGGCUGUGGAACUUAGCGAGUUCGACAUCACUUUCAAGUUUAGGGCAACCAUCAAAGGGCAAACCCUAGCAAACUUUAUAGCCAAUUUACCCCUGUUCCAAAAGUUGAGGAAGAAUUGGAACCCGCCGAACCCCAGGCAUGGAACCUCUCCGUUGAUGGGUCUUCUGGGACACAGGAUCGAGAGCAUGGAUCAUCUUGUGGUGAGCCAGGUUCAUGGUAAUUUUUUGGUUAGAGACAAGUCUAUGGCGGCAUACUUGAAAAAGGAUGCGCAAGAAUUUGUUAGAAAAUGCGACAAGUGCCAACCCUUUGCCACUAUACAAAGGCAACAUUCGCAAGAGCUGAGCAUGGUAUCUAGCCCCUGGUCAUUUGCAAAAUGGGGUAUCAAUCUAAUUGGACCUCUUCCCAUGGGAGGGAAAGUUCCGAAUAUCAUUUGUCGGUUCGAAAUUCUCCACUCCAUCGUAUCAGACAAUGGUAGGCAGUUCGACAACAAGAAGGUCGAGGAUAUGUGUGAAGAGUUGGGUAUUAAGAAGCAUUUUUCCUCCCCACAUCAUCAUCAAACCAAUGGGCAAGUCGAGCCUGUUAACAAAACAACUAAGUACACCCUGAAGAGGAAGCUAGAUGCUUCGAAAUGGACAUGGGUCGAUGAGCUACCCCAAGUACUUUGGGCAAUCAGAACAACAAGCAGAACUGCAACUGGAGAAACCCCAUUCUCCAUGGUCUAUGGGGUUGAGGCUACAAGCCCGGUCGAAGUGGGUCUUGCGUCCCCCAGGCGAAUACACUUCAACGAAGUAAGUAACGGUGGAAUGAGAAGAUGUGGGCUAGACCUUCUCGAAGAGAGGAUGGAAGAUUCUUGGGCCAAAAUGGCCAUGUACCAAAGGAAAAUGACCAGGUACUAUAACUCAAAGGUAAAGAGAAACCAUUUCGAGUAA